AUGUCUCAGUCAACGCCACCACCAACAUCAAGAACCACCAUCACCACACACACCCCAGCCACAUCGACCCCGGUGCAGAAUUUAGCACCCAUUUUGCCUAUCAUAUCAGUAACAGACACUUCCAGUCUUGGAGCUGGGACAUCUCAGACUGUUGCCUUUGCAGGUUUUCAUGACAACUUUAGAGAAGCAGCCGAAGAAGCAGAGGACAAUCCUGACCUCUACAACACCCUAAAGGCAGCAGCUUCGUCACAGCAUGUUGGUCAUAUUAGUUUCUGCGUGAAUGAAGAGCUGCAGGUGCAGCAGUCACUGAAAGCCAGUAAGUCUGUGACACCAUCGUCGUCAUCUUGUUGUCAGUGUCAUUGUCAUGAUUCUGGUGACACAGAAGGAACAGUAUCCUCACCUGAGUCAGGUGUCGCAGGUGUCCCCAACACACCUGAUAGUGCAGGUAAUGCUCAUUAUCACACAGCUGAGCAUGAGUCCAUGAGCAGUGACGAUUUUCUGGACUUCUCACAAGAGGCUGCACCACCAGCCAACGAAAAGCCAGUGUCUUUCAAGUCGGAGGUUGCAGAAUCUCCAAAAUCAUCUCCUAGUCAUUCAGUGCACAGUGGUGCCAGUUUUAAAAGUGAGGACUGUGGUACCUGCAAGGAGGAGGUAGAGAGAGAGGAGGCUGAGGCUUUGGCUAAAGCUCUGGAAGUGUCUGAUAGGCAAGACCCAACACCUGUGGUCCCAGGCCUGACCCCUUCUACCAGGGAAGAAAUUAUAACCAUACGAAUACAGCCUGAUGAUGAAUUCGACGAAGGGGAAUCAGGAUCCAGUGACUCAAGGCAGCCAGCGAUGUACCUUGAGAAGGUUCACUGGGUCAAAGGUCCUUUACUUGGUACGGGGGCCUACAGUUCCUGUUACCAGGCCAGGGAUACCAGAACUGGGGUCAUUAUGGCUGUCAAGCAGAUUUCAUUUUGUCGCAACUCUGCGCAAGAGCAGGAGAAGGUGAUUGAAGCCAUUUGUGAAGAAAUCCACAUGAUGGCCAGACUGAGCCAUCCCAACAUUGUUCGCAUCCUUGGGGCCACCAAACAAGGCUGCCAUUUCAACAUGUUUGUAGAGUGGAUGCCAGGUGGCUCAUUGGCCUAUUUGUUAGGGGAAUAUGGGCCGUUCAUGGAGAAUGUUCUAGUCAACUAUACAAGACAGGUGCUUCGUGGCCUGGCAUAUCUCCAUGACAACCACAUUCUACACAGGGAUUUGAAAGGUGCUAAUCUUUUAGUUGACAGCACUGGCCAGAACCUUCGAAUUGGAGAUUUCGGGGCCUCUGCCCGCCUUGCUUCACAGGCUACAGGUGCUGGAGAGUUCCAGGGCCAGCUGCUGGGCACCAUUGCAUUCAUGGCACCAGAGGUACUGAGAGGAGAAAGCUACGGCCGAGCGUGUGAUGUCUGGAGUGUUGGCUGUGUCAUGAUUGAAAUGUCCACAACCAAACCACCUUGGAAUGCUACAGAUGUCUCCAAUCACCUGGCUCUCAUAUUUAAGAUUGCCUCAUCAGUGGAUUCUCCUCCAAUCCCAGAGCAUCUUUCACCCCCAGUAAGGGACUUGAUGCUGAGAUGUCUGGAGCAGAACUCUGAAGAUCGACCCUCAGCCAAAGAUUUGCUGCUUCACCCUCUCUUUACCCGGUGCUUCCAAAGUACAUCACGCAGUACAGCA